AUGGUCAUAAUAUCCAUCAAACGACUGAAUUUUUCCUCCUUCUUUGAACCGUCUGAAGCUCCCUUCACGAUAAUAUCUAUCUAUCUAUCUAUCUAUCUAUCUAUCUAUCUAGGCCAUUAUAUUGUUCAUAUCUAUCUAUCUAGGUAUUAUCUAUCUAUCUAUCUAUCUAUCUAUCUAUCUAUUUGUCUGUCUUGUCUAUUCUUCAUUAUCUAUCUAGCUAUCGAGUGUCAAUCUAUCUGUCUAUUAAUAUCUAUCUAUCUAUCUAUCUAUCUAUCUAUCUAUCUAUCUAUCUAUCUUUUCAGCUCUAUCUAUCUUUUCAGAUCUAUUCCAUUCAAAUCUAUCUAUCUAUCUAUCUAUCUCGGCCUCUUCAGAUUCUAUCUACCAAUCUACCUAUCUAUUAAUCUAUCUAUCUAUCUAUCUAUCUAUAUCUAUCUAUCUAUCUAUCUAUCUAUCUAUCUAUCUAUCUAUCAUCUCAAUUCUAUCUAUCUAUCUAUCUAUCUAUCUAUCUUUUCAGAUCUAUGUAUCAAUGUAUGUAUGUACGUAUCUUUCUAUCUAUUUCGAUCUAUCUCAGUCUAUUCAGAUCUAUCUAUCUAUCUAUCUAUCUAUCUAUCUAUCUAUGUGUUGUAG